CCAAUACAUGUUAAACAGUUAAAGUAUAAAUUAAAUACAAUAUAAGCAUACAUGUCCAAACCGUUAUUUUGCUGUAUAAAAAGAAUUGGACUUUGAAAUAGUGUGCAAUUAGCCUGUGAAGGAAAUCAAAAAUGUAGGUGGACAAAAAUAGAGAGAUUGGGAAUUCUAUGUAGUAGUUUAUACUCAUCUCCCAGAGUUCUCUCGCUGGGUGUAGCUGGUUCAGUUCAUUACUGCUCUAUUGGAACUGAUUUGGUUCAUCUCAUUGUUGAAGAGGGGCCACGUCCAUCAGAAUUGGUCAUCAUAUAAUCUUGUUGUUGCCCUGUCACAAUGAUCUCCUGGUUCUGCUCACUUCACUUAACAUCAGUUCAUGUAAGUCUUUCCAGGCCUUUCUGAAAUCAUCCUGCUGGUCAUUUCUUACUGAACAAUAAUAUUCCAUAAUAUUCAUAUACCACAAUUUAUAUUCUCCAAUUGAUGGGCAUCACUCAGUUUCCAGUUUCUGGCCACUAUGAAGAGGGCUGCCACAAACAUAGAAUGGUGUUUUUAAAUGCAUAAAAUAAAAUGCACAGGAUUAUAGAGGAAACCAAUGAUAUUGAAAUACUAUUAUUAAGAUGUUUUUGACAAGAAGCUCAAGAACCCCCAGGUUAAGAACUCCUAUUUUAAAUGGGAGCAGAAUGAGGAAGAUGCACAAGUUUUCUUGACUCUAUGGAUUGAGCAGGAUCAUGAAGCCUUUCAUUCAGGAUCUAACAAUGGCUACCUCGGUGGAACAAGCAGAGGACUUGGACUUUAGAAAACCUAAAUCUAAAUUCUUUUUUAAAAAAUAUAUUUAUUGAUAUCUUUUGUUUUUAUAUCACUUAGAUUUCCCCUGUAUCCCUCUUGCUAUUUCAUAAAGAGCCAGCUUUUAUAACAAAGAAUUCAGAUUCUUCUUCUCAACAGCUGUGUGAUCCCGACAACCCGCUUGACCCCUCUGGGCCGGUGAAACGAGCAGGCUUGGAUUAGACGCUCUCCCUCGUGCCCUUCAGUCCUCCGGCGCUGAUCCUCUUCUCUGCCCCUCCGUUUCCCAUCUGCCUCUCAGAGCUGUUUGGAGGAGGCGAUUUGUAAAGCUGAGGGGCCCGAUGCAGAUGCGGUCUUGUUAGUUAAGCAGCGGGACUGGGACUGGGGAACACGGUGAUUUCCCGUGGAUGGUAUGUACCGGCACUGUGCCGUUUUGCUUCCCCUCCUCUGCGCGCGGUGAGCCUCCUUAGCAUGUAGCCCUGGUCCGGCAUCUCUCCCCGUUUUACAGUUGAUGGGCUUUUCUUGGCGGAGCCGCUUUAGGUCUGGGUUUUCCGCUGCUCAUUCAUCAUGGAGGGACGCACAGCUGGACGGAAAGCGCGGGGCGAUUUUUAGUCUCGGGACGAGCGCAGGGAGGAGUUGCCGCCUCUUUCCUCAGUGGGGGCCGGCAGGUGGUUGGUUACCGGGGUAACGGGCCACGCCGCCAGCAGCCCGGAGGCGCCCACGGGAUUGGGUCUCAGGUCUGGGAAUGGCCAGCGUCAUGCGGUGGGAUUUGAAAAGCAGAGGACUGCGUGUGUGGAUGUGUGCGUGUGCGGCCCCGAGGUGCGGGGGGCCGGCUCUCCGCCUGGGCGGCAGCUGUCGGAGCGAAGGCAGCCGGAGCGGGCAGGAUGCCUGGAGCUGGCGGCCGGGACUGGAGCCCUCCGCUCGGGAAACCUCAAGGGGAAUAUGUUCCGGAGAUAGCAACAGCCCUUGGACCAUGACCGAGGGGUAACGCCGACCCCAGACUCCAAGGGAACAAAAUGGGACCGCGAACAGCAGGCGACCUUUUAACUCCUUGAAGGGUACGGUGCUCCUUGGUCCAGAAGAUGGGGAACAUCACAACGACCAACCCCGCCACCAACUGCACCAUCGACCACACCAUCCACCAGACCCUGGCCCCGGUGGUGUACGUGCUGGUGCUGGCGGUGGGCUUCCCGGCCAACUGCCUCGCUCUCUACUACGGCUACCUGCAGAUCAAGGCCAAGAACGAGCUGGGCGUGUACCUGUGCAACCUGACCGUGGCCGACCUGCUCUACAUCUGCUCGCUGCCCUUCUGGCUCCAGUACGUGCUGCAGCACGACAACUGGCUCCACGGGGACCUGUCCUGCAAGAUCUGCGGCAUCCUCCUCUACGAGAACAUCUACAUCAGCGUGGGCUUUCUCUGCUGCAUCUCCAUCGACAGGUACCUGGCCGUGGCGCACCCCUUCCGCUUCCACCAGUUCCGCACGGUGAAGGCCGCCGCGGGGGUCAGCGUCGGGAUCUGGGCCAAGGAGCUCCUGGCCGGGGUCAUCUUCCUCAUGCACACGGAGGUCAUGGAGGACAAGGACCAGCACCUGGUCUGCUUUGAGCACUACCCCAUCCAGCCGUGGCAGCGGAAGAUCAACUACUACCGCUUCUCCGUGGGCUUCCUCUUCCCCAUCUGCCUGCUCUUCUUCUCCUACUGGGGCAUCCUGCGGGCCGUGCGCAGAAGCCACGGCACCCAGAAGACCAGAAAGGACCAGAUCCAGAGGCUGGUGCUGAGCACCAUGGUGAUCUUCCUGGCCUGCUUCCUGCCCUACCACGUCCUGCUGCUCGUGCGCAGCCUCUGGGAGGACAGCUGCGAGUUCGCCAAGGAGAUCUUCAACACCUACCACUUUUCCCUGCUGCUGACCAGUUUCAACUGCGUGGCCGACCCGGUGCUGUACUGCUUCGUGAGCGAGAACACCCACAGGGACCUGGCCAGGUUGCGGGCUUCCUGCUUGGGCUUCCUCACCUGCUCGGGGCUGCGGGGGUCCAAGGAGGCCUUCCCCCUGGGCAGCGCGGAAGCCUCGGGGAAAAAUGAGGCCCGGAGGGAGGAGCCCGAGUUGCUAACUAAGCUCCACCCACCGUGUCCCCUCGCUUCCUCUCCCGGUCCGGGAGGGACCAGCCAAGAGGGUUAGAGUAGGACGGGGACCAGCCCAGAGCUACGAGGGAUGGGAUCUGUGGGCCCGAGCCAUCCUUCCUCCAAAUGGGUCGCUGGGGUCAGGUCUGUGUCACCGAUGAUAAGCUGUCCCCCUAGAUAAAGCCUGAAAAUUGAGUGGAGAUAGGAGCCAUGGACGUUGCGGCUCAGCCAGGUUCUCCACCCGACCUCCUCCCUCUGCUUGCUGUAGGAAAGCCCACUCGCGCACACCCGCCCGAUAAACUCCUGGAGCUUCCCGGAGGCCUGAGAAGCUAACGGCCGCCUAGCCUGUGACUGCCCCUCCUCCUCGUCUGGGAAGGGAAUUGCAACCUGUGAGACACUUUCAAAGAAAGAGAAACAGGCGUUCAAGUGUCCCUUAAAAGGGGAACCAUGGGUUGGGGCGCUAUGAUAAAAGCAGUGUCAGGGGGAUGUGGAAACAAGUUUCAUGAGAGGCUGUGUUCAGCCAGCCCUCCCCAACCCGAGUGCCCAGGGUCUGAACCUCCCAUAUUGCCUGACUUUUUGUGUUAAUGCAUUGGUGUUUGAAAUUAGAAUUCAUCUUGAUUGUUUGAGGCAAAGGGAGAUAUGAAAAGCUAUUAUGAUCCAUUAUCUCUAUUAGUUCACCUAAAACAAUGAGGGUAUUAUGAUGAGAAGGAUGUGGGACCUUAUUAGGAAUGAGGAAGUUAUGAUAAGGACAUUGUGAUGAGAAAGAAAGGUGGGGACAGCUGGAUGGUGCAAUGGUUAGAGCACCAGCUCUGAAGUCUGGAGGACCUGAGUUCAAAAGUAGCCUCAGACACUUAACACUUCCUGGCUGUGUGACCCGGAGCAAUUGCCUCAACAAACAAAAAAGAAAGAAAGAAAUGUGGUCCAGAUAGCCUUCUGUGGAGAAUGGGAAGGUCCUGGAAAUCAGGGGAUUUAUUUAUUGAGACAUCUGGGUUGGGAAGGCAUGGAGAAGAGGUUAGAGAAGUUUAAUUUUUUAAGCACUAAAAAGAAACUUUUCCCAGUUGGAUUUUUUUUUUUUUUAAACAAGGUUCUUGUGCUGUUGGAAAGCUAAUACUAGAUGAGCCCAGGUAAAUACUAGGUGAAUACACCAGAGUCUUCAGAAAGGCGUGAGGGGUGGGAGAGAGGGCCAAAUGUAUUAUUCUCAUUCUCUUUGUCUAUGAAAAAUAAAUCUUAGGAGAUAUUAAGUCUUUAAGUAUUCAAAGGGCCACCCUUAGGAAUAGAGAUUAGGUUCAUUCUGCUUAGCUCCAAAGGACAGAACUAGGGAUAAGAGGUAUGUUACUUGGAAGCAGAUCUAAAUUCAUUGUAAGGGGAAAAUUUCCAAGAAUUCAGGCUAUCCAAAAGGAGAGUGUUUUUCCUGAAAAGGUAGUGAGUUCCCUGUUAGUGGAGAUGGAUCUGGAUGGUCCUUGCCAGGGGUGUGCAGGCAAGUAUGGUCUCUAAGGUCCCUUCCAUCUUUUAGACUCUAAAACCCCAGUCCACCUAUUUGUGGUCUUUCAGUUUUCUUGUUUCUGAAUUCAGGGACUUCUCUCACUAGAGCAUCCAGAUUAAGGUUUAUUAAGGACCAAGUAGAAAAGCAAGACUACACAGUUAGAAUGUGUAUCAGCUAUGGGUUCUUUCAAGGCAGCAAUGUGGGAAAGACAUAAGUGUGUUUACAAUUAAGAUGUUGGUUUCCCCAUUGGCAGCCAAACACCUGGAGGACCAGGACCCAGCCUGAGGCAGCGGGUUCAGAACUGCUGUCUCGCAUACAGAGCUCGUAAUGGAGGCCAAGAGAGGGGACAGUGGAGGAGGGCUCUGAUUUGGUUGGCCUAGUUCUGUGCCUCACACGGAGCAUCAGCUCUAGGCCGACAUUGGCAAUUAUCUAGGAUUGAUUUCCCUCAUCUCAGGUGCCAUGAUCCUCUGUCCCCUUGUCCAAUGGGAUGAGUCCGUGCUUUAUCCAAGUCAGAUUUUAAAUGGCCUCUCUUUUCAUCUAUUACUUUUGAAACCUCCAUUGGUAAGAGAGAAGAGGGUAGAAGAAGGAAAAUGUUCUUCAUGAGAGCUAAAACGUCCCUACCCUUCAUUUCACUCAUUUCAUGGCAUUUUGACUUCUUCCUCUCCCUUCUCUUUUCACUAUGUAUAAGUUGCCUAUUUAUGGACAAAUGGUUUUCUCUUCUCCCUAAGGGAAUCCUUUGAAUUCUGUUCUUUCUCUGUCUGUCUCUCUUUCCCUCUCUCUGUCUGUCUCUGUAUCUGUCUCUGUCUUUGUCUCUCUGUUUGUCUCUGUCUCUCUGUCUUUGUCUCUCCCUCUGUCUCUAUCUCUAUCUCUGUCUCACUGUCUCUCUUUGUCUCUGUGUUUAUCUCUAUCUCUAUGUGUCUCUGGGACUCUGUCUCUCUUUGUGUGUGUAUCUGUCUUUUGGUCUCUCCCCUCUGUCUCUCUCUGUCUCUGUCUCUCUCCCUAUCUGUCUGUCUGUCUGUGUGUCUCUCUUUUUCUCUGGGAGGUGUUAUGUUGAACUUUAAGGAAUACAUGAUAAUCAGCAGACAUUAUUCUUUUGGUUUUUAUGUUCCUUUGCACUUACUGAUCCCUUCCUCCUUCAAUGUUUAAAAAGUUCCAGGAUGCUGGAACUUAUCCUUUGUUCUCGAAGAGGACGGACGGCAUCAGGAGGAUUCUAUUAUAGAGAUAUGAUGAGCGUCUUCUUGGUUUAGGGGAUAAAGAGCCAAUCUGUGUUCAGUCAUCUCUGACAAUCACUGAAACGCUAGACAAGUCACCUAACUUCUCAGUGGCCCAGGUAACUCUCCAAGACUGAAAGUUAUAGGGCAGGUGCUGGUCUGCAGUGGUCAUCCACUACACCCACAAAAUCGCUGGAUACCCACCCCCCAAAAAUUAUCCCCUCACUUAAGGCUCCUUCCGCCACACUGAUUUAGCAGGCCUCCAUGAGGUGCUGUGGCAAAGACAAACAAGCAUCCCCUGGAAGAGGCUCCCUUUUAAAUACAAUUACACCAGCCCCCAGAGAACAGAUGCUGUCUGAUGUCACCCCCGUCUCUAUUGCCUUUGCUACUGGGUUGGGCUGGGAGAGCUCCAGCCAUCGGGGUGGGACUUCAAUGGAAGCUGGUCUCUUUCCUUUCUUUUUUAAGAGACACAUAAUGGGCUCCUCUGGGGCAUCUCUGUCAUAGUCCUCAGUGCCCUGUCACCUCGGAGGCCCAGUGCAAACGCUAAUGAUGGAGAAGGAGUGGGGGCAGGAGGAGAUUUAUCUCUAUCAUUUUCCAACUACAGUUUUCCUUCCAAUCCCUCUCCUUUUCCCCAGAGAAUUUAUAACCAUGACAUGAACGAUUAAUCCAUUAAGAAAAUGAAGCACAUGCCAAAACAUUUUAAUAAUAACUGGCAUUUACAUGCACUUUAACAUUUGCAAAAUGCUUUCCAUCCAUUAUCUCAUUUGAUACUAGUUACAGCUUUGUGGGGGAGGUACUGACUCUCCAUGGUCCCCCGGGGGGUUUUCUUGACAGACACUGGAGUCGUUGGCCGUUUCUUUCUUCAGUGUUUUACAGAUGAGGAAACUGAGGCAAACCAGUAACCUGCCCAGGCUCACCCAGCUAGGGAAUGUCUGAGGUCAGAUUUGAACUCAGGAAGAUGAGUCUUCAUGAUACCCGCCCAGGUGCUCUACCCACCGCACCACCUGGCUGCCCUUUGUACAACCACAUUUUAUAAGUAAGGAAAAUACUCCGAGCACGGGACGUGGCUGGGAAACAGCAAAGACAGAGAAGUAAUGUGGUACAAAUAUUAGAGCUCAGGGGGAGAAGCUUUGCACUCUGACCCGAUCCUGGCUGUAUCCCCUGGGCCAGCAACAAUGUUCUAAGAUUAUAAAUUCCAGAAGGUACUAAUCUGCUUUGGUCAAACCCUCACAAAGAACUCCCUAUGGCAAAAAAAAAAAAAAAAAAAAAAAUCACAAAUCCGGCUUAAAAAAUAAUGGGGGCUCUGGAUUUGAACCCAGGGUACCUUGACCUCAAGGCCAAAACUUUUCCCCUUUAUUCCAAAGGUUCUCAAAAUGUGGUCCCAGGAGUUGUGUCAGGGAAUCUGUGAGGUCAAAAUCAUUUUUAUAACAACUUUAAGAUGUCCUAACUGGUUGUUAUCAUCAAUAGACAUAAUUAUUUUUAAAAGCCUUUUGGAGGAAGCUCAUUAUAUAUCAGAGUAUAAAGGGAUCCUGAGAUGAUAGUUUUAAAUUCCUUGCCAUGGUAAUAUAUUUUACAUGACUGAUCAUGUUCAAGCCUAUAUCACAUUGCUCCCUGUUCUAGGGAGGGUGAAUGUGAGAGAGGGAGAGAGAAAAAUUAGGAUUCAAAAAAUUUGUUUAAAUGAAUGUUAAAAAGAGUCCCUGCCCUAUGUGGACUUCUUUAGCUCUUCAUAAAGAGCUUCCUGCUCACCAAAACAUUCGGAGGUGCUAGAUUUGGAAUGGGAGCCCAGAAAGAAGCUCUCCUCAACACCCCUAAGAUCUGCAGUCUGACUCCAUCUAAAACUCUCACAGGACAGUGCAGUCCAGUUGAGGGAAUAUUGUCCCUGCCCUGGGAGGGCCUGGGUCCAUAUCCUGCCUUUGAUGUUUACUCCUGGGCAAAGCAUUUAGUGUCCCAGGAAGGACCUCGGCUUCCUCGACUACAAAAGGAGAGAGAAUAGACCCGAUGGCUUCUGGACUUGCUUCUAGCUUUAGUCUGGGACCAUUUCCACCCCUCAUCUCUGAGCUAGCUUCUGGUGAUGUGCAAACUGUAGAGCAGAUCUGGCCAAAAUGGGCUCCAGUGGGCAGGUGUGCCUAGGAUUGGGGUGGAGUGGGGCUGCCCUUCCAGCUAGUGCCCACGCUCGGCAGGCGAUCUCCCAGCUCUUGUCAGACCCGUGACUGCCCAGACUGCCAGGCCCACCCUCUCCCCAACCCCUAACAUGCCGGUGUGACUGGACCUUUGAGGAGGGAGGGACCCCAGCCAUAUUAGACCUGGAACAUGCUUGCCUUCCAGUCCCAGUCGUAGAACCCAAAGCUUCCUUUAGGCCCAGCACAGGGACACCUUACUCCAAGAAGUCCUCGGGUCUCCUCACGUACUCUGCUCCUCAUUACUCCAAGUAUUUGUGGGUUUCUCCCGUCUGAAAUUACUGUGUAUAUGCUUGUCUGUUUACAUAUUGUAUCUGCCAGUAGACUCCAGGGUCCCUGACAAAAGAAAUUUUGUCUUUGCAUCUCCAGGCCCUACCCCAGUGCCUUGCAUACAGCAGGAAGUUAAUAUAUGCAUGUCAAAUUGAAUUGAAUGAGAGAGCUGUUAUUCUCAUACCCUCCCUCUGCAGGGAAUUUUUCUGGGACCAUAGAACUGUUGGUACUUUUGCUUUUUAGAAGGUUUUUAAAAUUUUUUUUUGUUUUGAAAUAUUUUUCUCUCUCUCUCUUUUUUUUUUUUUUUUUUUUUGUCUUACCACCAGGAACAGAUUGUGCUAAACUGAGUGUAUGUUCUGUUUACUGCUGAGAGUUGUAUUUUUGUACAGUUUUCUCUUUUACACCAAAUAUGCAUGUGCUGUGCUAUGUUUUUGGAUUGAUGCUGCUUGCAAAUAAACCAGAGAAAUGAA